GGAUGUCCGUCUUUCCUCGCUGUCAAAUUCAAGGAUUUCGUCCAGCCUUGUUCGCCCGUCCAGCCCCAUGACAGCUCAGGACGUCAAGCGGGGCCGCUGCAAGGUCCGUCUCUCCAGCGGCGAGCAGCGCCAGAUGCCCAUCGCCUCGCUCAUGCCGCACGGUACUUCAGCCGCGGCCAGCUGUGCAGAGCCCUUGGUGUCCACGCAGCGCUUGCUCCUCAGGAGCGCAGUCCCGCACCAUGGCGGCGGCGUGCCGUGGCCACCACGUCCUCCCCUCCGCCCUGCAGUCGUAUUCGGAGAAGCGGACGAGGUGCGAGCUGUGGCCCUUGGUGCAGUCCUGCCUGGCCAGGGUGGAGGUGCCCGAGGACACGGUGCUCCGGCUGAGCUCGCAGCUCGACGCCGUCGCGAGAGGGGAUCGCCAGCCCGUCGUGGGUUCCUGCCCGAGAGUUCCUUCAGGAACGGCGCUUUCGCCCAGGAGUGGGCGCCGGGUGAAGAUCAGCCGCCCAGAUCCUCAGUACGCGGCGCUGGUGGAGAAGAUGUGUACUGGGCUGGCCUGGUCCAUCCUGGGCCGCAAGGAUGUGACGCUCCAGCUGGACAAGGUGUGGGGCGUGAUUCAGAAGGAGGGUGACUACUGUCCAGUUCAGCAGCACAGUUGUGAUGGCGCCCCGAACGGCUUCGUGUCGAUCCUGGAGCUGGGCUUUUUGCAGAAAGGGCGGGCGGCCGCAGUCGGGCUGGGGACUCGGCGGUGGUAACGUUUUAUGCGGG